CAACAACCAAAAUGCCCCCCAAAUCAAAAUCGAAACCCCAGAAACAACAACAACAACAACCAAACAAAACCAACCCCCCAAAAAGCCAACCCCAACAGACACCACCCUGGCCUUCCCUCCGCCCCCUUCUCCCAUCCACCUCCCUCUCCAUCACCCCCGCAAUCCCCAACCAGAUCUACCUAAUCAGAAACUUCUUCCUGCCCGCACUAUGCAAGAAUUACAUUCACUUUCUCUCCUCCCUCCCGCUGAUCACGACCCCUUCUAAACCAAAACGCGGGGAGGCAGUGCGCGUCAAUGAUCGGUUCCAGGUGGAGGAUGGGCGGUUCGCGAGGAUGCUCUGGGAGGUGGGUGGGUUGCAGGAUGUUGUGGGGAGGUAUCUUGAGGAGGAGGAUGAGAGGAAUAUUGACGGUGACAAUAAAGAGACUGGGGUCGACAGGGUGAACCGGGAGGAUAAAGAUGAAGGUGGAAAUGGAAAUGAAGAGCAGAUCCGCAGGAAAAGGAAGAGGAAUGCCAGGGUCUUGUUUGGUGGUGAACCUCUGGGGUUGAAUCCAAAUAUUCGCGUUUAUCGGUAUUCCAAGGGGCAGUUUUUUGCGAAGCAUUACGAUGAUUCAAACACCCUCCUCUUCCCAACAGAGUCAAAUAAAACCGUCCCCGCUCGCACAACAUGGACACUCCUCAUUUACCUCUCCUCCUGCGAGGGCGGGGAGACAGUCUUCUAUCCCGAGCCGACUCGGGAGAAUCGCAAUCCUGCCCCUGUUGCAUUUGCGCCGGAGACGGGGUUGGCAUUGCUGCAUCGCCAUGGAGAAAGGUGUCUCCUGCAUGAGGGUAUGGUAGUGACGGGUGGGGAGAAGUGGGUUUUGAGGAGCGAUUUGGUCGUUGCUCGUUCUUAAUUAUUUUUUUUCUUCUUCUCGGAUGCUUCGUAUGCUCUGGAUUGGAUUGGAAUCUGCGGGGUA